GUCCCCCCGAGCCCGUUCCGUCACACUGUGAUCCCCGUCAUUAGUAUCCUGUCAGCAAAUCACGCGCAAGUCGUGCGCAGACGCGGCCGCAACUAAAGUCGUAUCAUCCUGCUACCAGAAGCUAGGUUAAAAAGUGAACAUGAAAAUCUAAGGCUAACGACACCUAUUACCACAACUAUUAGUGUUUCCCAACUCCAACCCCACCUCACAGACUAAAAUAUAUAUGCGUCUGGAACUGAGGCUCUGCCAACCUUUAAAGAAAACCUCCACAGACGUUCCCUCCUCGCCUUCCAUCUCCGCGCCAGAAAAAGACGGCUGCGCUAUCAUCACCGACUUCACCACCCCUGGGCCAUACCUCGACUCCAAACAACCAAACAGCACCGUUGAGGCACUGAAGGGCGGCACAAAAACCUGCAAGCAGCUAGUUAGCCGUAGCACAGCAGUUCCCGAGACAUUAUUCAGCGAUGCAUUAUAUCAAGAAAUUGUUUCGCAUUUCCUCUCCAUUUCAAAGACGAAUUGGUACAGGAUGGACGCAUCCACAAAUACAUGCCCGCCGCUACUAAGUAUUGCGAUUACAUUGGAUAUCCGGCAGGGCCCCGCGGCGCAGCGGUUGCAUCGCGACGAUAAAAAUCACUACAACGGUGCAAUGCGCAUUGUCUUGGGAAGGCUAUGGUGUGACGAGACACUUGAUUUUAGAAAGGACGGGUGUAAAGGGAUUAUGGAUGUGGGGUUGAAGGCUAGAGAGGUAUUUAUGAUGCUCGGGAGUUGGUGUCAUGGGGGUGGAGAGUUUAGGUGUGAGAAGGGACGUAGGGAGAUAAGCUACUUGUCGUAUCCAAUCGAGGAUGUGAGGGGCUAUAAUAAGGUGGUGCAAGAGAGAUUGGGUGGAAGCAGUCGGGGCCGAAAUUGGGAUGGGUGUAUUUUAAGAGUCCAGAGUGUCUGCUGAAAUGGGGAAUGGUAUUAUGCAGGUGCUGAAACUGAGAUAAAUGACAGCGAGAAAGGAAAUUUGAACAAUAUGGUAUCAACAGCUUAUCCUUCCCACCCCAGUCCUCUCCUGAACUCCUUCCCUAUGAGAGCAAUACCGACAGAGU